CUCCGCCGAGUGACCGCCUACAUAAACAGUGGGCAGCCUUGUGGAGCUGCCUGUCGUCCCCAUUCGCGCCAUGGACGACGCCGCCGGUGGAGGAGGUGGCUGCGAUGGGCCCCUGGAGGUUGUGAUCGAUGUCAGCAGCAGCGACACCGACUCCGGCGACACCGGUGGCCGGAAGAGGCCGCGGCGGGCGGUUGGAGGAGGUGGCCGCGAGGAGAAGAGGGCGAGGUUCUUGGCCGUGGUUCCAGCCGGCUUCCUCGAGCCGCUUACGCCGAUGAAGUUGCUCCCAGCGCCGCCGCCGGAGAGGCGCGUGACGAAGCAGUUCUGGAAGGCCGGCGACUACGACGGCAAGAAGGAUCUGCUUGCCGUGGAGGCGGCGCAGCAUUCUGAUUCUGGGAUGGAUCAUGUCCGCGUUCAUCCCAAAUUUCUACACUCCAACGCAACAAGCCACAAAUGGGCUCUGGGGGCUUUAGCCGAGCUGCUGGACAACUCUCUUGAUGAAGUUGCAAAUGGAGCUACAUAUGUGAACAUUGACAUGAUGAAAAAUAAGAAGGAUGGAACUCGGAUGCUGCUUGUUCAAGAUGAUGGUGGGGGUAUGAACCCAGAUAAAAUGCGGCAUUGCAUGUCCUUGGGUUAUUCUGCAAAGAGCAAAGUCAAGAAUACCAUUGGACAAUAUGGAAAUGGUUUUAAGACAAGUACGAUGAGACUUGGUGCUGAUGUCUUAGUGUUUUCACGCAGUCGUGAAAAUGAAGGAACAAGGCCUACACAAAGCAUUGGCAUGCUAUCUUACACCUUUCUGAGGAGCACCAGUAAAGAGGAUAUAAUUGUUCCUAUGAUUGAUUAUGAAAAAGAUCAGGUAUGGAAAAGGAAGGUGCGGACAAUAUGGGCUGAUUGGCAUAUAAGCUUGGAGACGAUAAUGCAAUGGUCUCCUUAUGCCAAUGAAGUAGAACUUCUUCAUGAGUUUGGCUCAAUAGGGGAACAAGGAACUCGAAUUGUUAUAUACAAUCUGUGGGAGGAUGAGGACGGAGAGUUGGAGCUUGAUUUUGAUGCCGACAUAAAUGAUAUUCAAAUUAGAGGUGCUAAUCGAGACCAGAAAAAUAUUCAGAAGGCAAAGCAAUUUCCGAACUCCAAGCAUUUCUUUACUUAUAGACAUUCUCUAAGGAGUUAUGCAUCGAUUUUAUAUCUUCGACUCCCAUAUGUCUUUCGAAUGAUUUUACGCGGAGAAGAGAUUGAACACCACAAUAUUAUCAACGAUCUGAUGCUGAAGAAGCAACUUAAAUAUAAGCCAGCGAGGGCCGAUGGAUUUCCAAAAGAUGCACAUAUGGUGGCUGAUGUGACAAUUGGUUUUGUUAAAGAUGCCAAACAUCACAUUGACGUUCAAGGAUUUAAUGUUUACCACAAGAACCGCCUAAUAAAGCCGUUCUGGAGAGUAUGGACUCCUGCUGGGUGUGGUGGCCGUGGUAUUAUAGGUGUACUAGAAGUCAACUUUGUGGAGCCAGCUCAUGAUAAGCAGGACUUCGAACGCACAAAUUGUCUCGGAAGACUCGAAGCACGAUUAAUCCGAAUGCAGAAGAAAUAUUGGUCAGAUAAUCGCCAUCGAAUAGGUUACGGUAUCAAUCAUUCUAACACAAAUUCUGGGACAGGAGACAUAGGAGUUGGAACAGAUAUUCUAGCUGAUGAUACACCACACACAGGGUCGUCAUCACCUCAAGGUUGCAUAAAGUCAAAUUAUUUGCAACGACUCAAAAAUGCUGAUAGAUCAUAUUCUGUCUCAAGAAAUAAGAAUAUGAAAACCAGUAUGUUAUCUCCAGAUAUGAGCAAGUAUGACAUUCCCAAGAGGCAGGUCUCUUCUAGAACAAUAGCCCAGCAGAGAGCUGAGAAGUCCGCAAUGACCAUAAGAUCCGAAAGAUCAGUAUUACAUGGUUUGUCAAAUACAAGUGAUGAUGGUGUUGCUGAGAUUGCAUGCACCCCAUCUAAAUCAACUUCUUCUAUCUUAAGGACACCUGAAAAAUCUUUACGUGACGAGAAUGCUAGUUUGCCUUCACCUCCAAGUGGAGUAAAGCGAAGUGAAAGGAUUGCAACCAGAUACCAGUCAAAGGAAGUAAAUGUGACAAGUAACAGAGAUGAGCAAUCUAUUGUUGACCAUGAGGCUUUUAUCAAGCAGUUGAAGGAUGAAAAUUCAUCAUUGAAGGAUAGUAUCUUGAUGGUGAAGGAAUCAUUAUCAAGUGAAUUGCAGAUCGAGUGUGACAAGAAUAAGUCUCUUAUCGAGAGAAUUGAGGAUACGGAGAAACAACUUGAAACUGCAAAUAAGGAGCAAGAAACCAUGAUAGAGCUCUUUGCAGAAGAAAGAAAAUGUCGAGAUCAAGAGGAGGAGAAUCUUAAGAAGAAGCUAAGGGAAGCCUCCUUCACCAUACAGGACCUGAUGGAACAGCUCAAAGCUGCCAGGAACCGACGCAAACAAUGAAGGAGCAGAGAAAACACAACUUUGCCGCCGUAGAAAGGGCAUUGGUGCGCUAUCUCCAGUACGUACAUGGUAGCGCCAAGUUAGGUCCAGAUGGUUAGAGCUGGAACAGCAGCUAGUAGCAGUAGCAGCCAGUUCUAUGCUUCCUAUGUACCCUGUAGUGCAUAGAUGUAAUAAGGUAUGUAGUGUGUAGCAUGACAGACCAACAGCCUGCGCUCCCUCAGCAGUUGCUGGUGAGCCAGGUCCAGCAGUACAGAGUUCACCAGGUGCAUCUGGUUCUUGAGUCGACUCCUUGUUAGCAGCCACUAUUUUUCUUCUCGCUUAACCCCGAACUGGGUCCCUUUACUUUCUAAUUAAAUUUAUCUUUUUUU